GAAUCAAUAUUCAUCGUUGCAAUUUACAAUGAUGUCUAAAGACAUUACUAGUUUUGAUCCAAAACAAGCAUCAGUGCCCAUAUCAUACCCACUCAAGACAUUGAAGGAGCUUGAGUCUCGCUCCUACUUAGACUCCUUUCACUACCCUUUCAACAAAGCCUCUGUUCCCCUUAUUCAAACUCCAACUUCUUCUUCUAACCGUGGCAAAAUUCUAGUGUGCCAUGACAUGGCUGGUGGGUAUUUGGAUGAUAAGUAUGUCCAAGGAGGGACCAAUUCUGAUGCCUACUCCUUGUGGCAUUGGUAUCUAAUUGAUUCCUUUGUCUACUUUUCUCAUAAUCUUGUCACUCUUCCUCCUGUUACUUGGAUUAACACUGCUCAUCGCCAUGCUGUUAAGGUUUUGGGAACUUUCCUUACCGAAGGGGAAGGAGGAAGGGAUGUUUGUAAUGAACUGCUUUCAACAAAGGAGUCUGCUCAAAUCUAUGCAGAGCGUUUGGCAGAGCUUGCUUCUCAUUUAGGCUUCGAUGGAUGGCUGCUAAAUAUGGAGGUAGACUUGGACAGUGUUCAGAUUCCUAAUCUGAAAGAGUUUGUCAACCAUUUAACAUUAACCAUGCAUUCUUCGGUGCCUGGAUCACUAGUAAUUUGGUACGAUAGCGUUACUGAUGAUGGUAGCUUAAAUUAUCAGAAUCAACUAAAUAAAUACAAUAAGCCUUUCUUUGACAUAUGUGAUGGAAUAUUUGCCAAUUAUUCCUGGGAGGAAAACUAUCCAAAACUUUCUGCUGAUGUUGCUGGUGAUAGAAAGUAUGAUGUUUACAUGGGGAUUGAUGUAUUUGGAAGAGGCACAUUUGGUGGUGGACAGUGGAAUACAAAUUUUGCUCUUGAUGUAAUAAAAAAAGCAGAUGUCUCUGCAGCAAUAUUUGCUCCUGGAUGGGUUUAUGAGACUAAGCAAGAACCAAAUUUUGAGACUGCUCAAAAUAGAUGGUGGGGUCUUGUGGAAAAAUCAUGGGGACUAGUGAGAAAGUAUCCAGUAACACUACCCUUCUACUCAAAUUUUGAUCAGGGACGUGGUAAUCAUAUUACAGUUGAUGGAAUAAACAUAUCAAAUGCUACCUGGUGUAACCUUUCUUCACAGGGGCUUCAGCCACACCUCAUGUUUGAUGAUUCUACUGUGAAUUCCAUUCAAGUUCUUGUAGACUUGACAGAAAAAUCAUACAGUGGAGGUGCAAACAUUACAUUCCAAGGAACUUUGAAAGCGAAAUCUUAUUUCCAGAAGACAAUAUUUCAAGCAGAGCUCCUUCUAACCAAAUUGCCUCUCCGAGUUACUUACUCUGUGAAAUCUGAUAGCAAUUCUUUGUUGGGAUUAGUACUCAAUGUUACUUCCACCAUCAAUGAAAAUGUGUCUAUUCUAUCUGCACCACAAGGAAUGGUGAAUCAUCUCUCACAAAAAUUUGACAAAAUAGUCCCAACAACUGAGCAAGAUGGAUCUUCCACUGAAUGGAUUAUGCACGAAUUCACGAUCGACAUGAAUGGAUACACAUUGACAGAAAUUCGCGCCAUGUGUUACAGGCAGGAUCAUGAACUGACACUGAAUUCGCGACGACUAGGCCAUGAUCUCGUCACGGAUUACUCUGCUAUUCUUGGUCAUGUCACAAUCACACCUUCAGAGUACAAGCCAAGUCUUCCCAUAUCCAAUUCAUGGCUAGUGAAUGGUGAAUACAUAGAUUUGAAAUCAAGUCCUAAGGGUGACUCAAAACUCCUUAGUGUUAAAAUUUCAUGGAAGCUGAAGGAAGAAAAGGAUUAUUCUGUAUUUUCACACUACAAUGUGUAUAUGGAAAAUGAAUCAAAAGUGCAAGAGUACAUUGGAGUAGCACAUGUGAAUUCUUUUUAUGUUUCUGAGCUAGAAGUUCCUUCUGCCACUUCUAGCUUCAAGUUUAUUAUACAAGUUUGCAAUGUUGAUGGCACAAAUCAGAAGUUGGAUGAGUCUCCAUAUUAUCAAUUGGAGGUGUAGAGUGUCCUCUUUAAUUUUCAUUGCAACAAAUUAAUAAUGAUGUAUCCAUGUUAUUUAUAUUUGGAUUUGGCAUCCAAAAACCAUGUUUUAUUCUCUACAAGGUUCAAUAAACAAGGUUGGUUAGCCCAACAACCAUAUUUAAGGAAACAAAAU